AUGUCUGAACACGGUGGGGAGGAUGAUAUUCCCUUGAUGGAGCUAUCGCUUGGGACCGUCCUCCCAUCCUCGACGACUGUCAUCCCAACAGCCACAACCUUAUCCACCAUCACCUCACUCACAACACCAGAUCGUUCUUUAUUUCAAUCCACUCUCAUUAGACGACCGGCUCCUUUACUUCAACACCGGGUAGGACUGCCUGUUGUGCAUAUACGCACAAGACCUACACUCUCUUUUCUUGGGGAUACACGGGAACGACGACGUGUGUGGUGUCUUGAUCAACAGAACCUCGUUGUGCGUACGAACAAAGUUACAUUGGACAAUAGUAUUAAUAAUAAUAAUAAUAUUAGUAAUAAUAUUAAUAAUGGAUCUCCACGACGUCCAGCUCAUACAAGUAGUACAACACUAUUAACACCACAUGAAUCUCCUAUAUCACAACGUACAUCUGGAUUAACAGCAUCUCCGGGUAAAAACAAAAUCUCAGGUGUUUCCCCAUUGAAGGAUGUCAUGACAGGAUCACAACGAGUUUCUCCUGGAAAAGAAACACCACGUGGUCAUCGUAGAAGUCUCUCUCGUAAUAUUAAUGCCUCUACUUUCUCUCCAACAAGUCGACGGACGGCUUCAUCCAAUACACCUGAUACAUCAUCUAGAGUAUAUGAAGGUGGUGUACGUGAGGAGCAUUUUACUUUUGAUUAUAUUCACGCUGAAGAUGCAACACAAGAAGAAGUAUUUGAAGAGAGUGUAUUAGACUUUGUGGAUAUGGCUUUAUUGGCCCAGAGUGUUGCUAUCAUUUGCUAUGGACCUACAGGAAGUGGUAAGACACAUAGUAUGAUGGGAUCUAGUAAUGGAAAGUAUAAAAAGAAACGGAAUAGUGCUGCAUGUACAGAUAGUGGAAUUUUAUCAGGAUCCAGAGGAAGAAGUGAAGAUAAAAACAGAAGUAGAAGUGGAAGUAGAGGUGGAAGUAGAUAUCCUCUUAGCAGUCGACACUCCCAAGGUGCUGUUCAUACAGAUGCUAUCUCAAUAACACCAGUAAUAUCAGGAGGAAAAGAACAACAACAACAACAACAACAACAACAACAACAAGUCCCAACACGCUCUCCAGAUAAAGGAGCCGAUAUAACAUGUAGUUCACUCUCAUCUUGUAUUUCGUUAGCGGAGAUUGAUUGGCCAAUCCUUGCGGAAUCGGCUUCAAGUCAUGAACAGAAAAGAAAAUCAUCUGGAUCUAGAUAUUUUCGAAAGAGUAUGUGGGAAACAGAAAAUGAUAAUGAUAUGAUGGGACUUCUUCCACGCCUUGUAUUAGUUCUACUAGAACGCCGUGGAGAAACCAUUACACUUAACAAGGAGGAUGUUGUAGUUAAGAUACCUCCUGGUAAUCGUACUACUAGUGGUUUAAAGGAGAAAGUUUCUGAAAAACAAAGUGGAAGUUUCUCUCUAACAUUACAGGAUAUUGUUUUCUAUGGUAUUGAGUUAUAUAUGGAUGAAUUUCACGAUCUUUUGGAUCCUGCUAAACGAGUUAUUCCAAAUGUUGGGGAUAUUGGCGGUCUUGAUGCGUUUUGUCAGGCAAUGAAUAAUCCUCCUAUGUCUGCAGGACGUAAUGGAAAUAAUAAUAAUAAUACUAAUAAUAAUAAUAAUAAUAAUGCUGCUGGAAAUAUUCCUUUUCGUGGAGGAGGAGUACCCAUAUUAACAGUGGAAGAUCUCCGUCGCUGUUAUCAUCUAGCUUCACGCAAUCGUGUUACUAAAAGUCAUCAACGUAAUGAUACAAGUUCUCGUUCUCAUGCUAUUUUUAUUCUACAACUACGUUUUGAUAUGAUGGAUGUGGAGGAUGCGAAUAGUAGUAAAGGUGAAAGUAAUCAUACCCUUUUUACUUCUAAUAAUUGUAAUGCUACUAGUAAUACUACUUUAGGUACUACACCUAGUAAUAGUAUUGCUGCUGGAGUUGGUGUUGGUAGUGCGAAAGUGAAAAGUAUUUAUUCCUAUGUUGCCAUGGUUGAUCUUGCGGGUUCAGAACGAGUGAAGGAGACAAAGGUGGAGGGAUCUGCCCUUCGUGAAGCCCAAUUUAUUAACAAAUCCCUAUCCGCUCUCUCUGCCGUACUUUUAGCACUUUAUCAACGUUCAUCACAUAUUCCAUAUAGAGAUUCUAAACUCACACGUCUUUUACGUCCUUGUUUACAAUGGGGACAUGUACUCUUAUUAGUUCAUGUUACUCCAUGCUCCGCAGAGGAUGCGAUGAGUUCUCUCAAGUUUGCAGAACAAGUACGGCAUACAAGUGUACAGAAUCAUAAUCUUCUUAAUGUCUCGGAUGAACUGGUUGCCAUAUUUGAAGAUUUAAAUGAUCCACAUACAGAAGAACGUGUGGAGGCUUAUCAUCAAACAGAAGUUGAAUAUAAACAAUUAUGUGCAGAAGUACGACUUGCAUAUCUUACCCGUGAUGAGAAGAAAAAACAACAUAACACAAUGGAGAAUACUUCCAUUUCACAGAAAACAAAGGAUCAUCGAAAGAAACGUGGAAAGAUGAUUAAAUCCCUUGUCGAACAACACUUGAAUGCAUACACAAGGGAAGAAGAAGAAGUAUUACGACGGGAAAUUGCAGCCAUUCAAUGGGAAUGGGAAUGUUAUGUGGAGAAUUUUAAACGAAUGCGGGAGGAAAAUAUUGAAAUUAUGCGAAGAUGUAUUGAACAACUUCGUAUUCUUAAUGCGAGACUUGCAGAGGAAAAUAGUCAACCUGUAUUACGUGAUGCUCACGCAAUGGCAAUUAAACAACGUCUGAAAGAUAUUUCUUCUGAAAUUACGGAUUAUGCAAAAGAAAAAUUAUUACUUUUAGAAGGUAUUCGAACUAUUCGUCAACGUAUUGGACUUCAAAGUGAGUUGGAACUUUGUUUAGAUGAACAACUGCAGAUAUUGGAAAAAAAUACAACCAAAUCUGGAAAUAUUCCUCGAUUACAUGUAGAAGAUAUGAACUUGGAUGAAGAAACGGAGAAACUCUAUCGAGAACAACUUCUCCUCUCAAAAGAAAUGUCUUACCUUCGAGAAGAAUCCACAUGUUUUGUACAUAGUGAUGAGAUAUUAGAAGGAUUAUGGGCUCGUGUUGUUCGACAAGAACUUCUUCUUGCCUUUCGCAUUGAAAUGGAAAUGAUGGAAGGUAUUCUACUCCGUCCACAGUCCCUUCGCUGGUUGUUAGAAGCCAAUGGUAUUUCACCAGAUGAGGCCAGAGCGGUUGCGUGUCCAGCAUCUGCAGGGCCAGUGGAUGUGAAAUGGCUCUUAGACACAUUAGCCACCGCGAGAGAACAGAGAUCGCGUAGUGCUAGUAAUAAUAAUAAUAAUAAUAAUAAUAAUAAUAAUAAUAAUAAUAAUAAUGAUACUAAUAAUGAUACUAAUAAUAAGAGUUCACAUAAAUGUACAGAAACACAAAGGUCUCCGGUUCCUACUAUUCCCUUAACAUUAUCAAACGGAGAUGAGACGAAAAGUCUACACACUCUUAUUGGAUGUUAUGAAGAUGAGGCAACUUUGCAAGAAAUGAGUGUGGAGAAACUACUGCAUGAGGGGAUUUACUGUGCGGUAGUGUGUCCAAUAAUGACAGUGAAUGAACUUCUAAUGCCACGAACCUCAACACCUACGGUAGUAAAUACAACACGAAAUACAAAUAAUAGUGGAAUGUUAUGGGGAUACUUAAGACUUGUACAUCCCCCAAAAGAUGCAUCUUCUUAUUGUCUAGAAUUCUCACAACGUGUAUAUGUUAAUAGUGAGAAGGUGCGGGAACGACGUAUUAUUUCUAUUCCACUUGGUGAACCCCAAUUACAUAUUAUGUUACAUGUUAUUGAGGCAGAAGGACUUUUGAGAAGCUCCUCAUGGAGUAGAGGAUGUGGGACAUUAUCCCCUUCUGUUCCUGUGAUUGCGAUGGAAUUAAAUGGGGUUCCUCCCGCUAAUUCUUUACAUACCACACAAUCUCAAUCUCAACAACAAUCUCAAUCACAAUCUCAACAACAAUCUCAAUCACAAUCUCAAUCACAACAACAACAACGGGGUCCAUUAUAUGAUGGAAAUUCCAAAUUAAGAGAGGCUAUACGUCAUGGUACGCCUCGAAAUAUAGAAACAACUAGUGGAUUUAUUGGACGUUCUCUCAUCUCUGUUGUUGGUGAAAGUGCGGCUGUGCGGAAUGCUGUAGUAUCCAGACGAUUAGAGUGUGGUGGGGAAUUAUUACUUCCAACAGAUUGCAUGGCGGCUUGUGAAGAAGGUAAAGGUACAAUUAUAUUUCAUUUCCCUAAACAAGUUAUUGCCACCUCUACUCGUACAGAAGCUGUUGAAUGUAUUGUAGCCGCUCUCUCAGGUCUUACACUUCCAGUACUUUCAUCUUUACAUAAUAAUGAAGAUGCAGCUGAAGGGGCAUUAUUAGGUGGAAUACAUGUUGUCACAUAUGAACACUUACCACAUGUGUUAUUACGUAUACAUAAACAUAAUAGUGCUAUUGCAGAUCCCGUACUUUUACGUGGACUUGGAUUACCAUCUCUUGGGUAUGCAAGUAGUAUGCAUAUACGCUUUUACUUUGAAGAGAACUCUAUUGAGGGGGUAAAUGGAUUAUUACAUAAUGGAAAUUCAUCACCUCACUCACCACGUGCACGCUUUGCAAAACCCAUUAUUGCUGCUAGCAUUAUGUUAAGUCAAUUAGGAAUGAUAUCUAUUUCAUCAUCUAAUAUGAAAGGAGGAGGAAUAGGAACAACAAGUGAGAGAAGUGAUUUGGAAUCUUUACUCUUACGUAUGCAACAACUAUAUACUUUGCGGAAAAAAACACGUGCAAGAGUGCGACAGCAAAUCUUUGAUGCUGAAGAUAUUAAAGCUGAACUCUUGUAUAGUUUCUCUGAAAGAGAAUUCAGUCGUGGAUCACAUAUUAAAGAUGUCUUACGUGAGGCUAGAGAUAUUAUUGACUUGCAGCAUUAUCGUUUAGGUACAGUCUACACAUUGCGGGGUCCAGUGCGGGCAACACCGGGUUUAUGUCGGGAAAUGUGCGGUGGCGUUGUGCCGUGGACACUCUGGCAAUGGGCCCAUUGGUGGAAAACACUACAGGAGGCCCAUCGACAACUGCAGAAUUACCCAUCCAUCUACACAAACUUCCAUAUCACUAAUAAUAAUAAUAAUAAUAAUAAUAAUAAUAAUAAUAAUAAUAAUAAUAAUAAUAAUAAUAAUAAUAAUAAUAAUGAGGAUGAUGAGGAUGAUGAUAUGGAGAAUGAGGAUAUGGAUAUUGGGAAUACUUUGCAUAGAGAUAGUGUGGAGGCUUCAGAGGCUGGGACGGGUAUAUCUAAAGAUCCUUCAGCUACUACUACUACUGUGAGGGAAGGACACAAUCACCCGGCUGUUUACUUUGAUGAUAUUCCAUACUUUCUCGCCGAUAUGGAAUAG